CACCUCCUUUCAUAAUUCACCUCGAGACACUUACCACUCUGCAACAUAUAGGCUCUCUAAACAAUCCUAUCCAAAAUGGUACGCAAAUUCUGCAAUUUGUGCAAAACAAACAUAGUUCCAACCUCAGGUCAGAAAUGGACUAAAACGUUUCGUGCGAUCUGGAUCCAAGGCAAUGAUUUUGAUGAGAUGAAACUCUCUGGCGUCGCCGCUUAUGCCUGGAAUGAUAAAGAUCUUAGCAGCUUCGUUCCAGUCAAUCCUCGUGGACGCUAAAUGGAAUCAGGCUCUUCAACGAAAGCUCACUCUAAAGUCCCCAUAAUGACAACGUUCUUUGGCGAGAACGACGGCCGAUACAUAACACAAAUGAGUGCAAUAGGCACCGGCAUCUUCCACUGGUGUCACAUUAUCAGCCUAAGAUUCGAGUUCAUGGACGAGAGCAUAGAGCGAGGUCUCGGAGAUGUAAACUAUGAAAUAAUGGGCUCCGAUCGCGUCCCGCUGCGGUUUGCGGACCACGGCAAUACUAAUGGGGUUUUCCAGAUUGACGGUGCGAAUGGUGAGGAGAUUGCGAGAUUCGAGGUGUAGAUGGAUGAUAAAGUUGUUGGACUAAAGUUAAAUCUCAAUACCACUCGUACGGAGUUUUUGAGCAACGAAGAUGCAGUCUUUGAUCUACCAGCGAUUAAGAUUACCCCAAGCGGUAAAAAGGUCAUUGGCAUGUUUUCUCAAGGCAUUGGAUGGGGUUCAAAGUAUUUCCACAAUUUGGGUUUCAUUUCAACUAACGAGGAACAGGAACAGAAUAG